ACAGACGGCUUGCCCUUCAAUAUCAUCCUGACAGGAAUCAUGGAGACGAGCAGAAGGCUACUGACCGAUUCGCCAUGCUCUAACGAGCGUAUGAGGUUUUGAGCGACGAACAGGAACGAGCUGCAUACGACUUUAAAAAACCCUCAAGAGACUCUGAACCAGCUCCACCUCCCUCGGCUGAAGAGAUCACGAAGACGAUGCCUGGAUACUUCCAACCAGACCCUCCCCGACCAAGAGCUCCAAAAUCAUCUGACUUAGUUCCGGAGGAUAUUCUCGUAGGAUUGGACUACCUUCCUACGUCUGGCGCCCGUGGCUAUGUACCAAAGGAUCUCCUGUAUUUCUUUGUGCCAAUUGUGAAUAACCAGUUUGGGACGAAUAUGUGGGGCGACGAACCAAAGAGUUUUGUGACGAUCUAUCGUGAGGUGUUCACGCUAAUUGCACAGGAUGAGCUUAGACAUGGGAAAGGAAAGACAUCGCUGCCGUCCUUCGGUCAAUUCUCUACACCAUGGGUCUCUCGUCGAAACAGGGGAGCUGUGAAGUGCUUCUAUGACGUGUGGAAGAACUUCUCUACGACGAAGAAUUUCUCUUGCUUUGAAAUAGUAACUCUAAACUCCAAUGCGCCGCGUGAAGAACGAAGAUACGUGAAUGCUAUCAACAAGAAGUUUAAAACUGACCUAAUUCGUCUAUACAACGAGAGAGUUUCGAUGGGCUUCAUUACCGUUCACAGCAACUCGCCAAACUCCUUCAGGACAUUGAUCCUCGUUAUGUCUGCCGCGAUACGUGUCUCUGUCAGCCUUGUUACAGACAACGAAUGUCUAAUCGAGCAGCGAGGAUGCAUCUUUAAACACCUCGCACCGAUGUUCAUAUGAUUGUCCCUGCUGUAGUUUUAUACUGUGCUGUAUUUUGUACUUUCCAUUGUUGUAUUUGCACUGCCCAUCUGCUUCUUUCGCCUGUGAUGUUGCUUCAUCUUGUUCAGUAGUAGUCUGUAGACAUGCGAAAUGCCAGCGUCGAAUUGCGUCGU